AUGACGUACCGAGAAGCUAGAGACUUAAAUACUGACCCAAUAAGCUACUAUGGCAACUACUGUGGAGCCUUGGGCUAUGGCUGUGCCUGCAAAUAUAGUUAUACCUCUGGCUUUGGUGCCUUUAGAAUCCGGGACUGUGGCUGCAGAUGUAGCUGCUGUGGUAGGGUACAGAUUUGACUGUUGCCACCAAUAUGAUAAUAGUACAUGCUUAUUCUCUGGCAUUGACUGAAUAUCUACAAUUGGGUCCAUUUUCUUAUGAGAUAGGGGUUCUGUUCUAGUACA